UUGGCGGAAAACGCCGCCGAAAUUCCCCCCCAAGAAGCCUUUAAAGACUUCGUUGACGAAGAACGUGAGGCUCUAGACAAGAACCAGGCCGACGAUCGCCCCAUCGAAAGAGAUGAGCGGGAAAUCGAAUUUCUGAAUCAAGUUGCACAAGAUCUCAGAAGACGUGGUCCUCUAUCUGUCUAUAUAACACAGAUAUUAGGGGGGGGAAGGAGCCCCCUUGAUCAAUUUGCCAUUGUACCCUUUUAUCCUCUUCAAAUUGGAAAGUUGUAUUUCUCAUUCACAAAUGCAUCUUUCUUUCUUCUAUUAAUUCUCUCAUUUGUCCUAUUUCUUUUUCAUUUAGUGACUCAAAAGGGAGGAGGAAAGUUAGUAGGAAAUGCUUGUCAAUCCGUGUUAGAGCUUAUUUAUGAUUUUGUGCCGAACCUGGUAAACGAACAAAUAGGUGGUCUUUCUGGCAAUGUGAAACAAAAGUAUUUCCCUUGCAUCUCGGUUACUUUUACUUUUUCGUUAUUUCGUAAUCUGCAGGGUAUGAUACCUUAUAGCUUCACAGUAACAAGUCAUUUUCUCGUUACUUUGGGUCUCUCAUUUUCUCUUUUUAUUGGCAUUACUAUAGUGGGAUUUGCAAAGAAUGGUCUUCAUUUUUUAAGCUUCUCAUUACCCGCAGGAGUCCCACUUCCCUUAGCCCCUUUUUUAGUACUCCUUGAGCUAAUCCCUCAUUGUUUUCGCGCAUUAAGCUUAGGAAUACGUUUAUUUGCUAAUAUGAUGGCCGGUCAUAGUUUAGUAAAGAUUUUAAGUGGGUUCGCUUGGACUAUGCUAUGUAUGAAUGAUCUUUUUUAUUUCAUAGGGUCUACAGGUCCUUUCUUUAUAGUUCUUGCAUUAACUGGUCUUGAAUUAGGCGUAGCUAUAUUACAAGCUUAUGUUUUUACGAUCUUAAUCUGUAUUUACUUGAAUGAUGCUAUAAAUCUGCAUUAA